AUGCCGACAGCAGUAGUAACUGGAGCAAACUCGGGUAUUGGCCAUGAAUUUGCAAAGCUUCUCAUAAAAGAGGGCUACGACGUACACGCCGUGGACGUGAACAAUGGUACCAAGUUACAAUCCCUCUCAUGCCAGACUUCUCAGCUCGACGUAUCGUCGCCCGAGUCGAUUGCCGCCUUUGCAGCGUCUUUCGGCGACGAGCGCCCGCUCGACUUGUUGCUCAACGUGGCCGGCAUCAUGGCGCCUCACGAGGCGGAUGCGCUCGAGACUGUGGACAUGGAGACGCUGCAUCGCGUCUUUGCCGUCAAUACUUUUGGACCUUUGUUGCUAACCCAGGCCCUCCUACCAGCUCUCCUACGGUCCUCGGGGCCGCCCAAAGUUGGCGUCGUAUCCAGCCGUGUGGGCAGCAUCGCCGACAAUUCCACCGGCGGACUGUAUGCCUACCGGGGCAGCAAGGCGGCGGUCAAUGCCGUGUUCAAGAACCUGAGCGUCGAUCUCGGCGGCCGCGGCGUUGUUGUCGUUAUUCUGCACCCGGGCAUUGUCAGGACCGGACUUGACCCCUCGGCGCACCAUGCUAGUGGUGAGGCUGUCGAGCCUGAUGAGGCCGCUGAAAAGCUCUGGCGUGUGAUGCGUGGCAAGGGUCUGGAGAAUACAGGGCGCUUCUGGCAUCGUGAGGGUUACGAGUUGCCUUGGUAA